CAUAUAAUAGGGUCCAAGUAGAUAGCUUGUUCAUUUAGGAUGCUUAAAUAAAUAUAUAUAUUGAAAAAUUGUAACAUGUUGCAGCCACCAGCCAGAAAAACCCGAAUGUCCCCCACAAGCACACCCACUCACCACCCACAAAGGAAAGAGAGAGAAACGAGAUGUUUUUUUUCUUCUAAUCCAAGUCCACAAAGUUUCAUCUCUCUCUCCCAUUCCUUCAUAAAAACAAUCCCAGCACAAAGCUCUCUUUUAAGAUAUAAAUUUAAAUGUUAAGUGAAAAUCUAAUCAUCAUAUUGAUUGCCCUCCACAACGCAAAAGAUGAGCGAACAAUAUCAUUUCUAGUCUCACAUUUCAUCAUUCCUACCACCGACUUUUUCCCUAUAAAAUAUCAAAUCCCACCAGUAAUUACACUAAUCCCCUCCCUUUCUCUUUCAGCUACUUAUGCACUAGCUCACUUUUCAACCAAUUCUAGCUCAAACCUAUCCCACUAAAGCUAAUAUAUGUUUUUUUCCUCUCCCCUCUAUGAAACAGGAAGAAGAAUGUAAAGCAGUAAAGGAUGAUGUGAUGAGAGAAGAAGGUAAACUUACAGGUCAUUUCCACAGCAGUAUUAUUCUUCAGCUUGAUAUGGUUUUCUUCAGAGCUGUGUUCCUUCUCCUGUUUCAGUAUCUGGUUUUGAAUUCUGGGACUCCAGUUAUUAUAGGUCACCACUACCCUCCUCAUAAGUCCUUGCUCACUGAUAAAGCAGCCCUCCUUGCCUUCAGGAAGUGCAUCAUACAUGACCCCACUUCCACUCUAGCUAACUGGAUUGAGGCUGUUGAUGUAUGCAACUUCACUGGCGUUGCUUGUGACCGACACCGUCAUCGGGUAUCAAAGCUCAGUUUGGUUGAUGUUGGACUUGUGGGAAAGAUUCCACCCUUCCUCUCCAAUCUCACGGGUCUUCGAAUUCUAGAUAUUGUUAACAAUAAUUUUUUUGGGGAAAUUCCUCCUGAACUCUUCUCUCUUCGAAAUCUUCACCGCCUUCGGCUUGAUAGCAACAGUUUGGAAGGUCCUAUACCAACUUCCCUUGCUAGUUUGUCCAAGCUUACUGUAAUAAGUCUUAUGGAGAACAAGCUAAAUGGUACAGUUCCACCUUCUCUGUUUUCUAAUUGCACGUCCUUGCUUAAUGUAGACCUGUCCAACAACUUCCUGAUAGGAAGAAUUCCAGAAGAAAUUGGAAAUUGCCCAAAGCUGUGGAAUCUCAAUCUGUACAACAACCAGUUCAGUGGAGAACUUCCUCUAUCUUUAACAAACACUUCGCUUUAUAACUUGGAUGUUGAAUACAAUCAUCUUUCUGGCGAACUACCUGCAGUGCUUGUAGAAAACCUUCCUGCACUUAGCUUCCUUCAUUUAUCGAAUAAUGAUAUGGUAAGCCACGAUGGAAACACCAAUCUUGAACCAUUCAUUACUUCUCUUAGAAACUGCAGUAGUUUAGAGGAGCUUGAAUUGGCUGGGAUGGGGCUUGGAGGGUGGCUACCCGAUUCUAUUGGUCAUCUGGGUGUCAAUUUUUCUGUUCUGUCUUUGCAGGAAAACCAGAUAUUUGGAUCAAUUCCUCCAAGUUUAGCCAAGCUUUCGAAACUUGCAGGGCUGAAUUUGACAUCAAAUCUACUUAACGGAACAAUUCCGGCAGAGAUAAGCAGGUUGUCAAAAUUGGAACAACUUUUCUUAUCACACAACCUCUUCACUUCUAACAUUCCAGAAGCAUUAGGCGAGUUGCCACAUAUCGGAUUGUUGGAUCUAUCUCAUAACCAACUUUCAGGAGAAAUCCCAGAAAGUAUUGGAUGUUUGACCCAGAUGAUCUAUUUGUUUCUCAACAACAACCUCUUGACUGGAACAAUACCUUUAGCGUUGGUGAAGUGCACAGGUCUACAAAAGCUAGACUUAUCUUUCAACAUGUUAUCAGGAAGCAUUCCUCGAGAGAUAUUAGGCUUGCAAGAGAUAAGAAUUUUUAUCAACCUUUCUCAUAACAAUUUUCAAGGUAACUUGCCCAUUGAGCUUAGCAAGCUGAAAAAUGUUCAAGAGAUGGACCUUUCAUCCAAUAACCUCACUGGAACCAUCUUCCCUCAGAUAUCAAGUUGCAUUGCGCUGAGGUUGAUAAAUUUUUCAAAUAAUUCCCUCCAAGGUCAUCUUCCAGAUUCCCUGGGUGAACUUGAGAACCUUGAAUCCUUUGACAUUUCAGAAAACCAAUUGUCAGGUCCGAUUCCAGUCAGUCUGGGUAAGCUCCAAUCUCUCACUUACCUGAAUCUUUCAUCCAAUAACUUUCAAGGAAUGAUUCCAAGAGAGGGGUUUUUCAAAUCAUCCACACCUCUGUCAUUUUUGAACAAUCCACUCCUUUGCGGGACAAUUCCUGGAAUACAAGCCUGUCCGGGCAAGAGAAAUCGAUUUCAAUCACCUGUAUUCUUGACUAUAUUCAUUUUAAUCAUAUGCCUAUCAUCUUUCUUAACAACAAUAUGCUGUGGGAUUGCUUGUCGACGUCUAAAAGCAAUUAUUUCAGCACGAAACAGUGAGUCGUCAAGAAGAUCAAAGAUGCCAGAUUUUAUGCACAAUUUUCCAAGAAUAACAAGCAGGCAACUAUCAGAAGCCACUGGUGGUUUUGAUGUACAGAGACUAAUUGGUUCAGGCAGUUAUGGACAAGUCUAUAAAGGCAUUCUUCCAGAUGGAACCACAGUAGCUAUUAAGGUUUUGCAUACACAAUCUGGAAAUUCCACAAAGAGUUUUAACAGAGAAUGCGAAGUUUUGAAGCGAAUUCGCCACAGAAACCUUAUAAGAAUAAUAACAGCUUGUAGUCUUCCAGAUUUUAAAGCUAUAGUUCUACCAUAUAUGGCAAAUGGAAGCUUGGACAACCAUCUAUAUCCACAUUCACCUACCAGCUCGACUUCGGGUUCUUCAGAUUUAAACCUUAUUGAGAGGGUGAAUAUAUGCAGUGAUAUAGCUGAAGGAAUGGCAUACCUGCAUCAUCAUUCUCCAGUCAGAGUCAUACACUGUGAUUUAAAGCCAAGCAAUGUACUUCUGAAAGAUGAUAUGACAGCCCUUGUCUCUGACUUUGGGAUCUCAAGGUUAAUGACCCCUGGAAUUGGAAGCAGUGCAACUGUUGAAAACAUGGGAAAGUCAACAGCAAACAUGUUAUCUGGAUCAAUUGGAUAUAUUGCACCAGAAUACGGAUUUGGUUCUACAGCCUCCAUGAAAGGAGACGUUUACAGCUUCGGCGUGCUAGUUCUAGAGAUGGUAACAAGAAAAAGACCCAUAGACGACAUGUUUGUUGAAGGGCUAAGUUUACAUAAGUGGGUGAAGAGUCAUUACUACGGCAGAGUAGAAAAAGUAGUGGAUUAUUCUCUACAGAGAGCUUUGAGAGAUGAAUCACCUGAAAUGAAGAAAAUGUGGGAAGUGGCAAUCCGAGAGCUAAUCGAAUUGGGUUUGCUCUGCACUCAAGAAUCUCCAUUCACAAGACCCACAAUGCUGGAUGCUGCUGAUGACUUGGAUCGAUUGAAGAGAUACCUUAAUGGUGGCGACACCACAACAACGUUUGCUUCGUCACUUGGAAUUUCAUCCUCCACUCUUGACGAUGACUCCAAUUACUCCCCACAAAUUACCAUUGACAGAAACAUGUAAAAAUCCCCAUUUCCACCGUAUAGCCUUUUGACUUCUGAAAAUCCCCAUUUGCUCCACUCAGUAAUUGGGGGUUGACAAUGAUCGAAAUCACGAUUGUGGGGUUCAAAGCUUGUAUGGUGGCCAAUCAAAUGGAGAUUUUGUGUGUGUGGCGUGCGUCGUUGGCGGCCACUCGAUCCCAUAGCUGUUGAGGUGAUUGAGGUUUUGGAAGAAAUUGGAGGAAAUUCAUUCAUAAACGCCAUGUUUGAAAAACAGAGACGUAUAGUUGAAUUUCGUUGAUUUAUUGAUCCAAAUUCGUUGAAUUUCGCCUUCUGGGCAUUGUCUGUUGGUUGUCUUCUUGCAUAAACCAAUCAGAGGGAGAAGUGAUAAUGGGGAUUGUGACUUUUGAUAUAAUUGAGAAUUGAGAAGCAAAGAAGGCUGUAAUGAUUUCAUUUUCCCACUUCUUCCCAGCAGCUAAGUUUAACUAAAAUAGAUUGGUUUGAAAGAUAGUCCGAUCAAAAUCCUGGGUUGUUGUUGAGAUUUAAAAAGGUUCGUAACCUCUUGCUCGUUGUAGAAGAGAAGUGGCUGGGGCUCCUUUGCAUUUCUUAUUUGAGCCACUCACUCGGGGCUCUCAGUUCUUCAUUAUCCUUUCUAGUGCAAUGACGAUAUUAAAUUGCCAAAAUUACACCCUUUCAAGUUUUACUUUUCAAA